AGAAAAAAGAAGAAGACACUGUUCAAAAACAAUACAAGAAGUUACCUGGCUUAAACCCUAUACGGCUAAAACCUCCCAGUCUCCCACCAUCAUGUCAUUUCCAGUAAUCGUGAGCUGAGACCAAUCGUGAUCAAUAAGCCCACAACUCAACUCAACUGUUAUAGAAGAGAAGAUGGGAUUGGGAGAGGCAAAGAGAGUGGUAACUAACAAGAAAUUGAAGGGGUUGGGGGAGAUGGCUUUCGCCGUCGGCGGUGGCCCCGUCAACUGGUUCCCCGGCCACAUGGCCGCCGCCACACGCGCCAUCAGAGACCGCCUCAAACUCGCAGACCUCGUCGUCGAAGUCCGCGACGCUCGCAUUCCUUUCUCCUCCGCCAGCCACCACCUCCAACCCCAGCUCUCCUCCAAACGACGCGUCGUUGCUCUCAACAAGAAAGACUUGGCCAACCCUAACAUCAUGCCCAAAUGGAUUCGCUACUUCGAUUCCUGCUCCACCAACCAGGAUUGCGUCGCCAUUAAUGCCCAUAGCAAGACCUCUGUUAACAAGCUUCUUGAGCUUGUGGAGUUCAAGCUAAGGGAAGUGAUUUCAAGGGAACCUACACUACUUGUUUUGGUGGUUGGUGUUCCUAAUGUUGGCAAGUCGGCUUUAAUUAAUUCAAUCCAUCAAAUUGCAUCGUCUCGAUUUCCUGUGCAGGAGAAGAUGAAGCGAGCUACAGUCGGCCCAUUGCCCGGAGUUACUCAAGAUAUUGCUGGAUACAAGAUUGCACAUCAGCCUAGCAUAUAUGUCCUAGACACUCCAGGAGUAUUGGUUCCAAGUAUCCCCGACAUAGAGACAGGACUGAAGCUAGCUCUUACAGGGUCUGUGAAAGAUUCAGUGGUAGGUGAGGAGCGUAUUGCACAAUACUUGCUAGCGGUUUUAAAUACUCGGGGGACCCCCCUUCAUUGGAAGCACUUGAACAACAGGAGACUGGAAGGGAUUCGGUAUGAUUCUAAGGAAAAACAUGAGUAUAACCUUAAAGAUCUUCGGCCAAAAAGGAGGAAGCUGCCAAAUGACUCUGAUGUAUUUUACGUUGAGGAUCUUGUCACAGAAGUCCAAUGUGCUUUGUAUUUAACUCUGUUAGAAUUCACCGGUAAUGUAGAAGAUGAGAGUGACUUGGAGGGUCUUAUAGAGCAGCAGUUUGUAGCACUGCAGAAGGCAUUUAAGAUACCUCAUAAGGCCUCAGAAGCUCGUUUGAUGGUAUCAAAAAAGCUUCUUACUUUAUUUAGGGCAGGUAAACUUGGUCCAUUCAUCCUUGAUGAUGUCCCCGAUGCAAAUACUGUGUCUUGACUUGUUAGUCACUUUUUUUUUUUGGGUGUAACAUUACAAUUGUAUAUGCAGGUCUUUUAUUUUUCCUCCUCUUUUCCCUCCUACUUUGUUGUGUUAAUGUCUCAAAUUUACUCAAGUUGUAUUACAAAGCUAACAGAUGCUUGCAUGUGUUGGUGAGUUCUUGUCACAUUUUUAAUGAAAAAUCUGCAUUCCAAAUGCUAA